GAUCCUUAAACCCUAAAAUCAAACCAGUCAAUCUCCCUCUCAAAAGAGUGAAAGAAGGGGACUUGGUUAAGGUUUAUGCACACCCUCAACAAGCCCUAAAAUCCGUCUACUUGUGUCCGUGUAUAAAGGAAUCUUUUUUUAAUCUUUGAUAUAUUCGAAGACACUAGCAGUAUACGAAGAAUGGCGAGGUUGCUUCGAAACGUAUCGAUUCUCAAACGUUCCGUAUGUUAUUUUGAGACUCCCAAGAGAUGUUUACUGGGAUCGUCAUCUCAGAUAAGCAGCUUCUCUACUAAAGGUAAAAAGAAAUCAAGGUCUGAUGGAAGUGAUUCAGGUGAAGAGAACAUGUCUAAAAAAGAUAUAGCCUUAAAGCAAGCAAUUGAUCAAAUCAAUACUUCCCAUGGAAAGGGAUCUAUCAUGUUUCUUGGUCAAUGUGCUUCUCCCAGACAAGUCCCAGUGGUGUCUACAGGAUCUUUUGCAUUAGAUAUAGCAUUGGGAGUUGGUGGCUUUCCGAAGGGACGCGUAGUUGAGAUAUACGGCCCAGAGGCCUCUGGAAAGACAACUCUUGCUCUGCAUGUAAUUGCUGAAGCGCAGAAGCAAGGAGGUUAUUGUGUAUUUGUUGACGCCGAGCAUGCUCUUGAUCCAUCAUUAGCUGAGGCUAUUGGUGUGAACACAAAGGAUUUGCUUUUGUCACAGCCAGAUAGUGGUGAACAAGCUCUGAGUCUUGUAGAUACCAUUAUCAGGAGCGGUUCAGUUGAUGUUGUUGUUGUGGACAGUGUUGCUGCCCUUGUUCCUAAAAGUGAACUUGAUGGUGAAAUGGGUGAUGCACAUAUGGCAAUGCAAGCUAGGCUUAUGAGCCAGGCACUUCGUAAAUUGAGCCAUUCACUAUCUUUGUCACAGACUAUUUUGAUCUUCAUUAAUCAGGUAAGGUCAAAGUUACAGACUUUUGGGUUUGGUGCACCCUCUGAAGUGACUUGUGGUGGAAACGCUUUGAAGUUUUACGCUUCAAUUCGCCUAAAUAUUAGGAGAAUAGGACUGGUCAAGAAGGGAGAAGAGACACUAGGAAGUCAAAUUCUUGUGAAGAUUAUGAAGAACAAGCUUGCUCCGCCUUAUAGAACGGCCCAAUUUGAGCUCGAGUUUGGCAAGGGGAUAUGUCGUGAAUCAGAGCUCAUAGAGUUGGGUCUCAAGCACAAAUUUAUUAUGAAAGCAGGUGCAUAUUAUAGCAUGGGCGACAUGAAGUUUUGUGGCAAAGAUGCUUUCAAACGAUACUUGGCUGAGAAUUUAACUAUACGCGAUGAGCUAGAGACCAAACUUAGAGAAAAGCUUAUCGAGGGACCAAAAAUGGAAAAAGAUGCAGAAACAACAGAUGCUGAAGAUAUCGUUUCAACCGAUGAAGAGGUCACAGCAGUGGAGGCAUGAAGGAAAAUGACGCAUUUGACCGUCUGUUGAUCCUUGUUUUCCUGAGAUUUUCUGGUCUAAGUGUGGUCAAACGCAGCAUUUGUCGAUGUUUUAGAUGGUACAACUUUUCCGGCAAAGGGGAGAUGCUUUGAACGGUGGCUUUGAUUCUUGCGGACCCGAGCGACCAAUACGGCUUGUAAGUAUCGAAUUUUUGUUAUAUGUAAUAUAUUGAAGUUUUGAAAGAAAACAGUUUCUGAUCAUCUCUGUCUCAAAUUUACCGUUCUCUCCCACACGAUUUUCACACGUAUGGAGUCUUCAUGCGUAAACAUUUGUUGUACUUUUGGGGGUAGAUGUUAGGUCUGAGUAAAUCUUUACCCCAUAACCCCACCACGGGUGCGAUUUCAGUGAACCAUCAGACCAUUUGGCGUAAUUGGAUUUACAAGGGGUUGUUAAUUAAGCUAUACUACGAGUUAGGAGGUGUGGAGUGCACACUUGUAUAAG